CCUCGACGUCAGAGGCAUGCGACGGAAGUUUGUCACCCUAGAAAGCACCGUUGUUUUUAUUUCCUCUGCUGACUGACCAAACAGCAAGCGGUCGGGACAUUAUGGGUCGUGGCUACAUAGUAGACGACACUGUAGAGGUUUAUCUGUCUAAACUAUGUGAACAGCGUGCAUGUCCAGUCACCGGACUGCUUAUUGGACAGAGCUCUGCCCAAAGGGAUUUUGUCAUCAUGGCGACCCGGACACCUCAACGUGAGGAGUCAACUGCAGCAUCUAGAAACUGUCUGGACAAGGAGUGGGUGACUGAGCAUGCUCGACAGGUGUCCAGAAUGUUGCCUGGAGGAUUGUCUGUUUUAGGAGUCUUCAUUAUUGAUGAUAGCGAUGCCAAGGACACACUCAUGACGCUUCAACAGGUGGGAUUCAUGAAAACACACCGUCUGUGUAUGAUGAUCUGUGAUGAUCUGUGGGGGGUUGCCCAUCUACUGAUCUUUAGAUUUCAUGGACCUGUACAGCCCAUCAAGUCUUUCUUUCUUUUGGAUACAUCUUGUAUAGUUUCUGUAGGUCACCUCUCCUAACUUAAGUUUAGGUGGAUGUUGUUUCCAUGUCCUUUUUAUCAGCUUCAUGGCCGUCACUCGCAAAAUAUUAAAAAGAGAAAUAUCAGCAACGUUUAUCACCUCAAGUAAGUUGAAAAUAAAUAAAAUAAAUUCUACCUCUAAAUGUGUAUUUAACUCAAAAAUGAACAUACAAACUUUCUUCCAAAAAUGAUAAUAAAACUGGACAUUUCAAGAAAAUAUGUGCACAGUUUGCCUCUCCACACCGUCUCCAACAGUUUGAACCUGCAAGGGGGAGAUAUAUAUGCAUACUUUUGCAAUAUUUUAUAUAUAAAUUUGAAUGCUUUCUUUAGCUUUUUUUUUAUUUUGGAACAACUGCUGCUUAAAUUCAUUUGUUAAUGUAUCCUCCUGUAUAUGUUUGAAAGAUAACUUCUCACUUGUAGAUAAUCAUCUAUCAUCAGCUAUCAUUUAAAAUGAAUCUUUUGUAUUUCUUGAUACAAAUUAAUUGAUUAAUUGUGAGUAUGUUGUUAGUCCCUUAAUCUCCCAGCUGUUUGGUAUAUUAUCCGUCCUAUUAGGACUCAAAUCAGGGUCACACACCAUUUCUCUAAAAUAAACGCAUUCAUUAUUUACUUUGAACAACUUGCUGUAUGUUUCCAGUUCUUAACAGUGUUUAAAA